AUGGCAAAGAAGGUUACCGACAGCAAGAUAACUCGGCACAUUGACAAGAAUACAACAGCGUUCGAGCACAACAGCAAGACCGUUCUAGUCAACCCACCUGACGGCGAGGAGGCGCACAACUACGACCAACUACAGCUAAUGCCGAAUUCGGGCUCUGCCCGCAAGGCGCCCGCGUCGCAGACGCGGUACCAUUGA